UUUGUUUACAGUCGGCCAUGUUUCUAGUUCGGAGUGGGCACAUUUUUUUUUAAUAUUUUGUGUAAUUUAGUGAGUUAUUAAACGUUCAAAAUGCCGAUUGCUGUAAAAGAUUACUCCUGGGAUCAGAACGAGAAACUGGUGUAUUUGACUGUUCCAUUAAAAGGUGUAAAAACAAACAAAGUCGACAUCUUUUCCUCAGAAGAAUAUCUCAAGGUCAGUUAUCCACCCUAUAUAUUUGAGUGUUUAUUAAACCAGCCAGUGGACGAUGAAGCCAGUACCGCACAGGUGGGCAAUGGAGCAGUUGUAUUUAAACUCAAGAAAACUGAUUCUUCACAAUGGCCACAAUUACAGUCAGAUGAUGCAGUAAAUAAAGAAGUAAUGAAACGAAAGCGAGAAGAAGCUUUAGAAAAAUCACAAACAAGGGCAAAGGAAAAACAGAAAGCAAAAGAAGAGAAAAAACGUGAAACUGAGAAAUUUUCUAUCAACCAAAUGAUGCAGAUUGAGGAAACUGACCGAGAAAGAAUUGAACAUUUAAAACAAUCAGAAAGAAACAAAGCAACUGACGAAUUAGAGCAGUGGAAAGAAGAACAAAUGAAACAAGCAGAACAGGUAUUUGAUUUAUUGCUUGAAUCGUUUGAUGGAUUAUGA